GUGACUUAUGAUGAGCAGUUUUUGCGGGUUUUCACACGGGAAUUUUGACGGAACAAAGUGAUAGAUAGAAGAUCCACUUUCUCUACUUAGAGCGAAUAACUUGAGUAAUGCCGGUACAUUGUGUUACAUAUACGUGCGUUGAAUAGCCGGGAAAGUGUUGUCGUUGCAUAUGAUUGGGAUUAAGUACAGUAGACUACUCACCCCACACGAAUUGUUUGUUUCUCCGGAUGUUUGUCUCUAGGGGAAAUCCGGCAUCGUAACUUAGCCAGGCCUAGCGGAAUCAGAAAUGUUCGACCCCGCAGCCCCUCAUCGCGCAAUUCCAAGAGGAAAAACCCUUGCCCUACCACAAGCUAUCCCUUCGUUCUUCCCUCAUCUCUCGACUCAAAUCCUAAUCUUCGACUCCUCACCCCUUAGUAUCAUACUCACCCCUUCGACCUUACAACAUCUCCUCACAAUCCUCCACUUACCUUAAAUCUCAAUCUAGAAAAGAAAAAAUGGUUAAGGCUGCCGUUCUCGGUGCUGCUGGUGGAAUUGGUCAGCCUCUCUCACUUCUCCUGAAGGCGAGUCCAUUGGUCGAUGAGCUGGCCCUCUAUGAUGUUGUCAAUUCCCCUGGCGUUGCUGCAGACCUCUCACAUAUCUCCUCACCGGCCAAAGUUACUGGCUAUCUUCCCAAGGACCAUGGUCUCAGAAAUACUCUUGAAGGUGCUGAUGUCAUCGUCAUCCCUGCAGGGAUUCCAAGAAAGCCGGGAAUGACCCGUGAUGAUCUUUUCAAAAUCAAUGCCGGCAUUGUCCGCGAUCUUAUCACUGGUGUCGCCAAGUACUGCCCAAGGGCAUUCAUUUUAAUUAUCUCAAACCCUGUCAACUCCACGGUUCCAAUUGCGGCCGAGAUUCUUAAGGCACACAAGGUCUUCGAUCCCUCCCGCCUUUUUGGUGUUACCACAUUGGAUGUCGUCCGUGCUUCAACCUUUGUCGCCGAGAUUACUGGUGAGAAGGACUCGCGUAAUAUUGUCGUACCAGUAGUCGGUGGGCAUAGCGGUGAUACCAUUGUUCCAUUGUUGAGCUUGGCCAAGCCUCCAGUUUCUAUCCCCGAAGAUAGACUUGCCGGAUUGGUAAAUCGUAUCCAGUUUGGUGGUGAUGAGGUUGUUAAAGCCAAGGAUGGUGCUGGCUCGGCCACUCUGUCUAUGGCAUUUGCCGGAUUCAGAUUCGCUGAAGCUAAGGGAAUCGUCGAGCCCUCUUAUAUUUACCUCCCUGACGUUCCAGGAGGUGAUGAGAUUGCGAAGGCUGUUGGCGUAGAUUUCUUUGCGGUUCCUGUCGAGCUUGGGCCAAACGGAGUUGCAAGGGCUACCAACCCUCUCGAGACAAUCAACGAUGACGAAAAGAAACUUCUUGAGGUGGCCAUCAAGGGAUUGAGGACGAACAUUGACAAGGCCUGCAAAAUGAAAAUCUCGCUUGGAACACGGCCUGAAGUGGAUGAUACCUGUUUGGUUGGGGGUUUUAUUCUACAGAGAGGGAAGGCAUGGUCACCUAUCAUUGGUGGCAUAUUUUGUGUCCUUUGUCCAAUGAGCUUUUGAGAACUAUACACGAUGAUAAAUUAUAAAAA